AAAUUGUUUGAAAAAAAGAAGCCAUAUUUGAAUCUUCUUUAUCGGUUUCCAGUUUCCACCGUUGCCGGUGCCACCAUGACCGGAUCUUCAGGUUCCUAAUUUCCUCACUCUUCCUUCUCCUUUUAUUUCUUCAUUCCCUCGCAUUCCCCUUCUCGUACUCAUCCCUUCUCCGCCUCUUAUCUAACAAAUUUAAAGAAAAAUUCAAGUAUAAGAACAAUUCUCUGAAAUCUGAAUAUCUGAAGAAAGCUAAAAAGUAAGAGAUAGAGAGAGAGAGAGCGAGCGAGAGAACCAGAGUGCAAUUACUCGUUUUUUGUUAAGCUUUUGCCAGCUCUGCAUCCCUUCUCACCACAUUCCGGCCAUCUUCGGCUCUGCAAGGAGAGAUAAGAAAUCGCCGACACCAGAAAUUUGGGAAUUGGAAGGCAUCCUCUGAAGCCUGUAUAAGAGAGAUUGAUAAAGAAACUGCUGCACAAUGGCAAGCUCUACAAAAAAUGUGGAUCCUGCAUUUCAUGGAGUGGGCCAUAAAGUUGGGACUGAAAUUUGGCGAAUUGAGAACUUUCAGCCAGUUCCUUUGCCAAAAACUGAAUAUGGUAAAUUCUACAUGGGGGAUUCGUACAUUAUAUUGCAGACAACCGCUGGAAAGGGAGGCUCUCAUCUAUAUGACAUUCAUUUUUGGAUUGGGAAAGACACGAGUCAGGAUGAAGCUGGAACUGCAGCAAUCAAGACAGUUGAACUUGAUACAGCCCUUGGAGGGCGUGCAAUUCAGCAUAGAGAACUCCAAGGGUAUGAGUCAGACAAGUUCUUGUCAUACUUUAAACCAUGCAUUAUUCCUUUGGAGGGUGGUGUUGCUUCUGGAUUUAAGAAACCUGAAGAAGAAACGUUUGAAACUAGACUCUAUGUUUGCCGAGGAAAACGAGUUGUCAAAUUGAAGCAGGUUCCCUUUGCUCGCUCGUCACUGAAUCAUGAUGAUGUGUUUAUCCUUGAUACGGAGAACAAGAUUUAUCAGUUUAAUGGUGCAAACUCCAAUAUUCAAGAAAGAGCAAAGGCUUUAGAAGUAAUUCAGUAUUUCAAGGACACGUAUCAUGAAGGAAAGUGUGACGUUGCAAUUAUUGAUGAUGGAAAACUUGUAGCUGAGUCAGCUUCAGGUGAAUUCUGGGUCAUUUUUGGUGGUUUUGCACCAAUUGGGAGAAAGGCUGCAACAGAAGAUGAUGCUAUUCUGGAGACUACUCCUGGAAAACUUUACAGCAUUACUAAUGGUCAGGUGACGCCAGUGGAUGGUGCACUUUCAAAAUCAAUGUUGGAGAACAACCAAUGCUAUUUACUGGAUUGUGGUGCUGAGGUUUUUGUCUGGGUUGGCCGUGCCACACAAAUGGAGGAGAGAAAAGCUGCCAACCAAGCUGCUGAGGAAUUUAUUAGCAGCCAAAACAGACCAAAAUCAACGCACAUAACCAGGGUUGUUCAAGGGUAUGAGACACAUUUUUUCAAGUCAAAUUUCGAGUCAUGGCCAAGUGGAUCAGGUACUUCUGGUGCUGAGGAUGGAAGAUCAAGAGUAGCAGCAAUGCUGAAGCAACAAGGUGUUAAUGUCAAGGGAAUAACAAAAAAUGCCCCUGUUCAUGAAGAAGUGCCACCUUUACUUGAAAGUGGUGGAAAAAUUGAGGUAUGGUGCAUUGAUGGCAGUGCCAAGACACCUGUUCCUCAAGAGGAGAUUGGUAAAUUUUACUGUGGAGAUUGCUAUAUUAUUCUCUAUACAUAUCAUUCAGGUGAUAAGAAGGAAGAGUACUACUUGUCCUGUUGGGUGGGGAAGGACAGUAUCCAGGAGGAUCAGAUGAUGGCCAUGCAGUUGGCUAAUACAAUGUUUAACUCAUUAAAAGGAAGGCCUGUUCAGGGCCGCAUUUUUCAAGGAAAAGAGCCUCCACAGUUCAUUGCAAUCUUUCAGCCUAUGGUUGUCCUUAAGGGUGGACUAAGUUCUGGUUACAAGCAGUUUAUAGAAGACAAAGGUCUAAAUGAUGAGACUUACACUGUUGAUAGUGUUGCACUUAUUCGUAUUUCUGCAACAUCUGUGCAUAAUAAUAAAGCAGUGCAAGUUGAUGCGGUGGCAACAUCUUUGAACUCUAAUGACUGUUUCUUUUUGCAAUCUGGGUCUUCAAAUUUUAUCUGGCAAGGACAUCAAAGUACUUUAGAGCAACAACAAUUAACUGCAAAAAUUGCGGACUUUUUAAAGCCAGGAGUUACUUUGAAACAUGCCAAGGAAGGAACUGAGAGUUCGACAUUCUGGUCUCCAUUAGGUGGGAAGCAAAGUUACACAAGCAAUAAAGAAACACAAGAAACUUUUAGGGAUCCUCACUUGUAUACUUUCUCAUUCCUUAAUGAAAAGUUUGAGGUAUCAGAAGUUUACAAUUUCUCUCAAGAUGAUCUACUGCCCGAGGACAUUAUGAUACUUGACACACAUGCUGAAGUAUUUAUUUGGGUCGGCCAGUGUGUGGACAGCAAAGAAAAACAAAAGGCUUUUGAAAUUGGCGAGAAAUAUGUAGAACUGGCAGCAAAAUUGGAAGGUUUGUCUCUAGAGGUACCGCUUUACAAGGUCCUGGAAGGAAAUGAACCAUGCUUCUUCACAACAUAUUUUUCAUGGGAUUCCUCAAAAGCUAUUGUUCAUGGAAAUUCGUUUGAAAAGAAGGUCUUGUUCCUGUUUGGUGCAGCACAUGUUUCAGAGGAUAAGUCUGGAUCAUCAAAUCAAGGGCCAACUCAACGGGCUUCAGCUUUAGCUGCCUUAAAUUCUGCAUUUAAUCCAUCCAGUGGAACAAAAUCAGUUGCCAGGGUAUCUACCAAGGGUGAAGGAUCACAGAGAGCUGCUGCUGUAGCAGCUCUUUCAAAUCAACUUACUUUUGAACAGAAGCAGCGGCCAUCCGAUGCCACUUCUGCAAAUACACCCACCAGGAGUCCUACUGUUGCGGCUGCCACGAAGAGUGAACUUGCUCCUGAGACGGAGGAUACUGAAGAUGUUCAAACCAAUGAAGAGGACUCAGAGGUGAAAGAAGAGUCAGAACAGCAAGACAAUAUAGUUGAAGGUGUAUACACAUACGAUCAAUUGAACACCAAGUCAGAAAACCCAGUUAGUGGAAUUGAUUUCAAGAAAAGAGAGGCUUACCUGUCUGAUGAGGAGUUCGAGACUAUACUGGGGAUGACCAAAGAAGCAUUCUACCAGCAACCAAAGUGGAAGCAGGACAUGCAGAAGAAGAAGGUUGAUUUGUUCUAAAUCAAACCAAGUAGUGACUGCUUACAUUUCUGCUGGAUUUUAUCCAUCAUGCCUUUGCUAUCCUGCUGUCUGUUGAGAAAUUUGGUAACACUGAAGUCUUGAGGGGCUCCAUCUAGCAUUUGAUUUUUGCUGGUAAUGAAGUUAGUAGCUGUCAUUUUCCUAUUUAUCAUGACUUGGUAAUACCAAGUCUGGGAAGUUUUCUUAAUUUUCUUCGCUUUUUUGUCUUUUCUGUUCAGUUUUUAUAAUUUUUUGGGGUGGAGUGGGGGUUUAAUUAAGCUGCUGCCGCUAUCCCUGUGAUAAGCAAGAUUUGUAGCUUUAAGAGAGCAGCAUGCAGGCCAUAUUCUUUUAUUUGUACAUGAGGGUAUUACCAUUUGAUGCCCUCAGAUUGAUGUUUAUCAAGAAGGGGGUAUAUAUGUUCGUUGUACUCCUUAUCGAAUUUAAUUAAAGAAACCCAUUUGUUUCGUUGAGGUUAUCUAUA